UUUAAAUCUCCAGAGUAACACUCAAACACGCUCUACUUUAACAUACUGUACCUCAGGGAAGGUGACUAAAAUCUCUUAUCUUUUAUCUUUUGCGCAAAAUCAUUAAACCAGACCUGAAGACAGAUAUUGAGUGCACAGUGCUGACCUUUUGGAGUUUUUGAUAAUGCCCAACAAAGCCCAGGAGGAUGCUGUGAUCAAUCUAAAGACGCUGCAGGAGACUUCCAGGCAGCUUGGUUUUGAGUGGACAGUUUUGGCAUAUGAGCUUGGCUUCAAUAGAACUGAGAUAGGACGCUUCCACGCCAGCUCUACAGAGAAGAGUGUCCAGGCCAAGGCCAUGCUGGAAAGCUGGUACGAGAAGUCAUGGGACAAGCCAAAUAAGACCAAGCUGCUGCAAGACGGACUGGAACGAGCUGGCAGACGGGACCUGGCUGAGAGACUGCAUUGCCUUCACUGGGGUCACCAGAAACUGAGUCAAAGGGUGGAGCUUCCCUCUGCCUUCCCCUUCCUCAUCACAGUCCACAGGACCAUCGACAACCGAGACGCACUACGUAAAAUCAACGACCUAAGUCGUAGAUUCACUUAAACCUGGGUGAAAACGCAAGUAGCUGUGGCUAUGUCUGUAAUUUGUGUUCUACAUGUGCAUAUGUGAUACUGCAAAGAAGCAAAUGGACUCAGAGUCAAUUAACCAACAAAUCAUGAUAUAUGCUACUUUUUGUAGUGCAAGAAAUUAAAGCUUUGCA